CCAGCCUGCAGGUCGCUGCCCGCAGUUGCACGUGUGAACGGGGGAGCGCCUCCGCAGCUGGGUCGGCCACCUGAACCCCUCCCUCCCGCCCUCCCUUUUUCCCCACCACCACCCCCGUUCUUUCCUGCUGGAGGACACCCACCCAGCCCGACGCCUUCCAGCCAGGCCAGAGCCAUGGGCGACCCCCGGGACCUGGUGGUGGGAGAUGUCAACUCCAACCUGCUGAUCGGCUGCAGCACCGGGGACGCCCAGCUGGACCGGGCGGUGGGGCAGUGGCUGAGCUGGGACAAGAAUCCUAAAACCAAAGAGCAGAUUGAAAAUCUGUUACGAAAUGGGAAGAAUAAGGAGCUACGCGAUCGCUUGUGCCGCAGGCUGACCUUUGGGACCGCCGGUCUCCGUUCCGCCAUGGGGGCUGGCUUCUGCUACAUCAACGAUCUUACUGUGAUCCAGUCGACCCAGGGGAUGUACAAAUACCUUGGGCAAAGUUUUUCCGACUUCAAGCAACGGGGUUUUGUGGUAGGAUAUGACACGCGAGGCCAGGUGACCAGCAUGUGCAGCAGCUUCAGACUUGCCAGGCUCACAGCAGCAGUCCUGCUUGCAAAGGGAGUUCCUGUUUACUUGUUCUCAAGAUACGUCCCCACACCUUUUGUGCCGUAUGCGGUCCAACAGCUCAGAGCUGUCGCGGGGGUGAUGAUUACAGCUUCUCACAACCGGAAAGAAGACAAUGGCUACAAGGUCUACUGGGAAAACGGCGCUCAGAUCACAUCCCCGCACGAUAAAGAGAUCCUGAAAUGCAUCGAAGAAUGCGUGGAGCCGUGGAACGACUCCUGGAACGAAAACCUGGUGGACUGCAGCCCCCUCACUCAAGACCCCUUGCAGAAAAUCUCUGCAAGCUACAUGGAGGACCUGAAAAAGAUCUGCUACCACCGAGAGCUGAACGCAAAGACCCCCUUGAAGUUUGUGCACACGUCUUUCCAUGGGGUGGGACACGACUACGUGCAGCUGGCUUUCCAGGCCUUUGGCUUCCAGCCCCCCAUUCCAGUCCCCGAACAAAAAGAUCCGGAUCCUGAUUUUUCCACGGUCAAAUGUCCCAAUCCCGAAGAAGGAGAAUCGGUGUUGGAAUUGUCUUUGCGGCUGGCGGAGAAAGAGGGAGCGCGAGUGGUCGUGGCUACGGAUCCUGAUGCAGACAGGCUAGCGGUGGCCGAACAACAGGAAAAUGGACGCUGGAAAGUCUUCACUGGCAACGAGCUGGCUGCCUUGUUUGGCUGGUGGAUGUUCACUUGUUGGAAGGGAAAUUGUCCCAAGGAAGCCAGUGUCAAGAACGUUUACAUGUUGGCCACCACCGUCUCCUCUAAAAUUCUGCGGGCCAUCGCUCUGAAGGAAGGAUUUAAUUUUGAGGAGACCCUCCCUGGCUUCAAAUGGAUCGGCAGCAGGGUGAAGGAUCUGGUGGACAGCGGCAAAGAAGUCCUUUUUGCCUUUGAAGAAUCCAUUGGCUUCAUGUGCGGCACGUCCGUGCUGGACAAAGAUGGCGUCAGCGCUGCCGUGGUCAUAGCAGAAAUGGCUGCCUGGCUGGACACCAAGGGCCAAAGGCUGGCCCACCAACUGACGGAGAUCUAUAAGACCUAUGGCUACCACAUUUCAAAAACCUCCUACUUCCUGUGUUACGAUCCCCCUACAAUCAAGAGGAUAUUUGAAAGGCUCCGAAACUUCGAUAUGCCUGGUUCUUAUCCGACCUCUUGUGGGACUUACGGUGUUCUUCAUGUCCGGGACGUCACCACCGGCUACGACAGCAGCCAGCUGAAGAAAAAAUCGGUGUUGCCUGCGAGCAAAAACAGCCAGAUGAUCACCUUCACCUUUCAAAAUGGCUGCGUGGCCACUCUCCGGACCAGUGGAACCGAACCAAAGAUUAAAUACUAUGCCGAGAUGUGUGCGCCGCCAGGCCAGAGCGAUGUCACCUUUUUGGAAGAGGACCUCACGAAGCUCAUCGGAGCCCUCGUGGAGCACUUCCUGGAGCCCAGCAAGAACCAACUCACCUGGCGCUGUGUGUAGCAGCCAUCCACCCCCCCUCCCUCCCUCCCUCCGGCCUUGGCUGUCGUCGACGUUAUUCCUUGCACUGUGUCCUGCGGAAUUCAGGAACCAAGAGGAGAACCUCCUCUCUUUGCAUUCAUUUCAUAGGUGUCUGUCAGUGUUUGCUGCGUGGGGUGUCUGUGUCCCUUAGCCAGCAUCCCGAAGCAGUAACAUUUUUGUCAGCUUAGCGUACCAAGUAGUAAACUGCUUUGAAGCUGGCCAGAGAUGCCCUCAGAGAGAGUCAGAACCUGUGGGGAGGGUCUCUGGCAACAGCUCCUGGUGUUCUUCCUCCCCAUCCCCACAGCACAGAUCAGCUGUCUAAAUUCUUUGCUCUACAAAGGCAGCUGGAUUGCAAAAGAAUAAUUGUGUUUCAAAAAUCUGGAAAAAAAGGUUCUGCUUCUACAUCGUUAGCUAGAAUAUUGGUAUUAUCUUUACUGUGCUAUCAAGUCUUAAUUUUUCCAGGGUUUUUUUAUUUUUGUUUGUUUGUUUGUUUUCUAGCUUAUGCUGUGGUAUUCAGUAGACCUAGGGAUUCCAGCUGUUUUUCAAUCUCCUUAGAUCGUCUUUGCUGGGUGACGUUUUCACCCCUGACAAUUUUGCUUCUUGAUAUCAGCUGAGCCGUUAACCAGUCAAGACGGGCUAAAUCUAUCCUGUAUUUUUCUGCAAGUUAAGUUGAGUUAGACUCGGGUGGAUCCCAACUAUUUUAGAAUAGCUGAUAGGGGCUUUGUCAGAUUCUCCUCUGAACACCCCGCUUACGAAAAAGCAAAUUUUUCACAUGAGUCUCAUUGUGUGCAGAGACUCCCUUAAUUUGCAAACAUAAUCAGUCCUACUUAAACUGUAGAGGUUGGAAGAGACCUGCAAACUUGAGCUUGUUAAAUGACUUGCCAGAACAAAGGAGGUUUAUCGAUGCUGUGAUGAAGGUUACAUCUCUCUCCAACUAUUUAUAUUAACAAGUGUGGCUUGCAAGGUUGAACCUCGGAGAGUAAACAGGGUACACCACUGUUUCUCAACCUUGGCUGCUUCUCAACUCCCAGAAGCUAUGCUGGCUGGAGAAUCCUGGGAGUUGAAGUCCACCCUUCUUCCAGCAGCCAAGUUUGAGAAUCACAGUUGUAAGACAAUCUUGAUGCUCAGAAGUUAACAUUUUUCAAGCAAAGGGAUCUCCUUGGAAUAUUUUGGCUUGACUAAGAUAUCCCAGGAAAAUGCAGUAGGGUGGAAAAUUUUGCAUCCAAUUGUGUAUUGGUCCACCUCUUCCCAAUGUCCAAAUGCCACGUUGGCUAGGAGGCCUGUAAAGUGAAGUCCAGGUUCUCUCCAGGUACCAAAUUAGGAAGAUGCAUUAGGUAAAUUAUGAAAUAUACCCAGUUUGGUGCAUUUUUCCAUCCACCGUGCUAAGCUGUAGCCCGGGACAUCCAUGGAAAGCAGGAUUAGAAAAACUGGCAGAGUUGGCCAUCACUGCAGAGCAGGAUCUUUGGCAUGGAUCAUUGACCCCUCCAUGUAGCUGCAUGGACCUCUUGCCUUCUAGGUGGCAGAAGUCCGAUGGAGGACUAACUACAAAGCCCCUUGAUAGCACAACACGCAGGAUGUUUCCAGUCCCCUUCCUGGAAGAGAAUUGAAGGAGGGUGUAGCUUUGGUGUAAGGUCAAAUUGGAAGCACCGAAGUCGGAUGCAGCUGCCAGGGCUACAUGGUAGAAUGAAUCUAUACAUGGAUUCUACAGCAUUCAUUGUCAUAUUCAUUUAUAGCUUCCAGGCAGAUAAUCUUAAGAAUUAUGAUUUAUUUAAUUUUAGGAAAAUGGAAAAAUUGGGUCUAAACGAUGCCCCAGGGGACUGUUGUGUAACUGUAUGAAAAUUCAUGCAGUCAGAGGAACGGAGCAAAGCUUUUUGCACAUGGGAAGCACAUUGCAGGGAUGUUGAAGAACUAUCUGUACAGAUUUAAGCUUCCAUUGAUACAGCCUAGAGCCAGAUUUAUUGCCUUUCUGGGAUAAAUUAUUUAUUCUUUGAAAUGGGAAGUGUUAACUCUAGGUCAUUCACUCCAUGGGCUUUACAGGCAUUUCCAAAGUUUGAAGCUGUGCAAUAGAUAUUCUUGAUAUAUUUUGUCUUCAAUUUACAUGCAAUAUUUAUUUAUUUAUUUUGCCUUUAUUUAAAGCUUUAAGUACCUUCCAAGUUUUCUAUACUUUUGAGUGACCGAUACCAAAUGCUGUUUUUUUUAAAAAAAAAUGCUAUUGUUUUUCUUUUUGGUUUUGUAUAUUUGCAAGUGCUCCUAUUUUAGUGAAGAAAACCUAAUUUAUGUGGUGGAAACCUUCCCGGAAACUGUGGAUAAAAUAUGCUUGCUUGAGAUCUAUAGCUUGAUUUAAAAUGCCAUCAGAAAACAAGAGGAAGGCAAACACAAUACUUUGAGACUUUUUUCUGCACUUUGUUCUAAUUUUGGCAAAGAACAACCUUGCUUUGGAACAAACAAACACAAAAGAACAAAAUUGUUUCUCCUUAGUUGGCAUGCAGUCUUUAGAAAUGUCUCCUAGGGACAGAAGUGGGUUAAAAUUUCUCAGUUCAUAUAAUGGAGAACUUAUUUAAGGAAUCACAAAUAAAAAAACACCCAUCAAAAUUUCCCAGUUUAUAUAAUAGAGACUUAGAUAAGGAAUCUCGAACAAUUGAAGCACACUGGAAUAGACUGUGUGAUAAAUACCCUUUUGUGGGUGAGGAAAGGUGUGUGGUUGAUGCUCUUAAGGAAGUACCCCACAAAAGGGCAUCAUAAUUGUUUGUAGCACCUUGUUUCUCAAAAUCAGUCAGACUCUGUCGGGAAAAGGUAUUUUUCCUCCCUCUCUUUGGCUAACCAGAAAAUUUAGAAGAGCAGCCGGGAUGCCUUUGAUUUUGACCUUUCGCCAGCCUUUCAUUUGGGUGUCGGAUUCCUUGCUCCAAAAACUUAAAAGAGGAGGAUAAUCAUUAUUUGUAAGAUGCCUAGGAAAAUGUGUAUUGGUUUGUUUAAAACGCCUCUUCCAUUUUAUGUGUUUAUACAGUGAGAAUUGACUGUUGGGUGUCUUUGUUUUUUUAAGUUUUGCAACUGUUUUGUAUACAUUUUCUUUCCUUUUUGUUUUGCACUGUUAAGGGAACGUUUUAGCUCAGGGGUGUCCAACUUUGGCAACUUCAAGACUUGUGGACUUCAACUCCCAGAAUUCCCCAGCCAGCCAUGGCUGCCUGGCUGCGGAAUUCUGGGAGUUGAAGUCCACAAGUCUUGAAGUUGCCAAGGUUGGACCCCCCCUGUUGUAGCUCACAAAAUUCUGCUUCCAGCUGGUCUCCACGGGAUGAAGAUACAGCCUUUGAAAACAAUGCGGGCACAAGAGACAAAAAUUGCGACAAUAGCUUUGUUCUGCUUUAAGUGGAAAGAACGACUGUUGUCCAGCAAUUAAACAAAAGUCUUAACCGUCUUCCUUCCCUCAACUCUGUUGUAAAGUAGGGGGCAGCGACUCUCUUUCAGGACAGGGGAACAGAACGAAAGUCUUGGAUCUUUCUUGUGAAAACAGAUCCUUUUGGUGCUCUGUUGGCAAUUGGGCAGAAGGUACAUUUUCUCCCCGUUAGUGGUGGCAGGAGAGGGCCACUUCUGCACUGCUGACGGACGGACGGACGGACGCUUGAAUGGUGGUCCACUUCGUGACCCCAGGAAGUGUUGGAAUAGAUAGUUGGGCUUUGGAAGUGGGCAGCCUCGGUUAGGUGCCACCCAGAUUCUCUUGCGUGUCUUUGGCCUUGACACCUUUGCUGUUUCCCAUGCAGUUGGGGGUUUGAACCCUCCUGAACAAACAAGCUGCUUGAUAUCUCCAUGUGUGUGUGUGUGUAUGGGGUUGCUGUGGGGUGUUUCAGAGUGACACCACAACUGGAAGGGAUUGGAGCAAGGGUGCAACCAUAGGCAGCCUCUCCAUGGAGUAUGUUCCCAUGGCUUAAGGAAGCCGCAUUGCUGCUUGAUAAAGUACAAGAGAACCUCUUUGAGGUAGGAGCCAUGGUAGUCAUUCACAUCCAAGGUUGGAAGUGGAGUAGAUCUUUGGGCAGGGAUCCCACAGGGUGGUUUUUUACUUUUGAAGCAUCUAGUUGGUCCUGUUGAGAGCUUUCAUCUUGGAAACGAGGACCCUGCUCUCCAGACCUGGUGACUAGAUUCAAGGUGUAUGGAGCUCGCCUUGAAACCUGGGUAAGACCUCUGGGAACUGGUCAGAGAAUGAGAAGUUACACCCCACUCAGGAGGCCCCUACUGACCAUUGUGAAAGAGAUGGAGCUUCCUUGAUGGUCCCAAAAGUGCUUUUUCAAGAGGCAACAGGACUUUCUGGUUUUUCUUUGAAGGCGUCUUGCUUCUCAUCCAAGAAGCUUCUUCAGCUCUGCAAGGAAUAUAAAUCCUUCCAUUCCCCACCAUCCAGUCAGAGCUGAAGAGGCUUCUUGGAUGAGAAGCGAAAUGUCUUCUAAAGAAAAAAACAAGAAAGUCCAGUUGCCUCUUGGAAAAAAGCACCUUUGGGACAACCAUGACCUGGCUGGCUGAGAAUAAUCUCUAUAGACCAGGGGUCUCCAUCCUUGGCAACUUUAAGACUUGUGGGACUUCAACUCCCAGAGUUCUUCAGCCAGCAAAGCUGAAGUCCCACAAGUCUUAAAGUUUGCCAAGGUUGGAGACCCCUGGUCUAUAGGCCUCUUCCUUGAACGGUUUCCCUCGGAAGGUUGUGGACCUCAGACUCCGAGGGGCCUUCAUGAGAAGCAGCAGGAGAUGGGUAUCGUGGUCUCCUGACUAGAGCCCUUGCUUCUUCACGCAAGCACCAGUCUCUUUUCACCCCAUGGAUUGGGCCACCUUACCUGUGGCCCGGGGUCAGGCUCUCCACCUUCCCUGAGGUGGAACCCUGUUGUACCUUGAAUCCCGCUUCUGAGUAGCUCAAGUUAGGUGUGUGCAAUUUUCCACUACUUAAUAGUGGGAGAGAUAUAAGUAAUGUAAACGCAACAUUUGCACGCAAGAGCAGAAAUGUCCAGAGCAGAUGCCCCCACCCCACAAGGAACUCGGUUGAACAAGUCUGUCUCCUCCCAUUGGACUCGAUCAGUCUUCCUUUAUUUGAACGUGGGAGAAAAAGUGGGAUGAAGUUUGCCCUUAAGUUGCCUUCCUCACCCAAUUGAUCCCAUCAUUUGAGUGGCUCCUGCUUCGUUGGUCCUGUUCAGGGGAAGCAGAUGGCUUUGUUUGGGGGGUCCGAAGCCCCCUCCCCCUCCCCCGUUCCUUCUCUUCAGCUCCAAGAGGCUCUUUGCAGUCCUUCCAUUUCACACGUGCUUUCUACCCAAGAGACGACAAUUACGCUAUCCAUGUGGACUUGAAACUUCGCACUUUCUUCUCCCACCCACCCACUCCUGUCAGAAGUGUUUUGUGUCCGGAUUUUGAUGUCGAUUUGGUUAAAAGUGUUCGGAUAAUAAAAUGUUACCUUGAUCGA